GUCACAUAUGAGUAUCGGUUGAAAAGCCGAGAAAAAAUCAGUCUUACCCCGGCAUUCAGCGCGACAAGAUCAAAAUUAAUUGUUCAGUGUUUUUUUUGGAUUUAAUUGUUUAAAAACUCUAAAAUUCAUCAUGUGUUGCGGCCCUUGCUGUGGAACUUGUUACUACCCGUGCUGUAGCCCUUGCUUCAGUGGCCGCUGUUUCGGGCCCAGAUGCGGAUUUUAUAGUGGUCCGUGCGGACCUUGCUGCGGGGGCGGGUGCUGCAGCAGUUGCGGACCGUCUUGUUAACGUGCGCUACUCUUAAACUCUGGACAAUAUGAAUUGUUGAUCGGCGCUCAAUCGACCGUACUACAAAAUCAAGCUGCAAUAAAGGUGUAGGACUAA